AUGGCUACACUAAGACCUUGUUUUGAGUUCGCGGGAAAGUCGCUUUGGCCUGACUGGCUCCCUAUAUAUCUUCUAGAAUACGCCGAACAGCAUUCAACUCCUCUCAUCUCCGCUGACUACCGCCUCCUGCCGGAAUGCCAAGGACUAGACAUCCUCGACGAUCUGGAAGUAUUUUGGGGCUGGGUCCGUCGAGACAACGACGGACUUCAGGCCUUUCUCAACAGCAAAUAUCCCUCUCUGGCACUUGACACAGAUCGUAUCUUGGCAGAGGGAGAGUCAGCCGGUGGCUACCUGGUCGUGCAAGCAGCUCUGUCCGGUCUUCCAGGACUCAAGGCCGUGAUCUCCGCUUAUCCGAUGCUAGACCUCCGCGACCGGUACUACCGCGAAGCAUUCGAGAAGGUCAUGACUGGGGUGCCGAUGCUACCGCCAGAGAUCAUAACAGAGCACCUCAAAUCCAUGAAGAAAGGAGACAUCGUUUCACAGUCUCUGCCCCCGGCGCGAAUGGAUCUAGGGACGGCGAUCAUCCAGCAAGGACGUUUCUGCGAGUUUCUUGGAGACGAGGACGUGCUCUACCCCGUCGACCGGCUCAGACUCGGACUGCACUCUUCCGGAACGAUGCCACGGCUGUGGAUCUACCAUGGCAAGCAGGACACCGGCAUACCGAGCGCGGGAAGUGUAGUGUUUGCCAAAGAGGCAAAGAGGCUGUGGCCGGAGUCAGAGCUGAGACUUGACCUCCCUGAUGGUGAGCAUGGCGUUCACAAGGACAAGCAUGUCGCAAGUACGACGUGGUUGAGAGAAGGCUUAGCGUGGUUAGAAGAGCCGUGGCUUAAAUGA